AUGGCGGCGACCACGACGGCGUCGAUGAGGGUCGCGUCUGAAGCCGAGUCUGCUUUAUUUGGGUCGAUUUCCCGCGCGGAAGAGCGAGCAAACAACGCGGCGCGGAUUCUGCGCACCGCCCUCGACGACAUCGAACUCAGCCAACGCUCGCGCAAGCAACACUCUCCCCCCGCUUUCCUUGACAGUGACUCGGGGUACAUGUCUAACGAUAGCGCUGUAGACGCGGCCGACUCCCAGGAGCACACAAAAGCGCUGUCACAAACACAAGCGCAUGCGGAGGCACACCCAACGGAGCCAGAGCCGUCGACGGUGUCGGAUGCACAUACCCCUCCACGUCGACGGGCGAGCAACGACGAUGCCCAGGCGAUGGUGAUCGCCUCUCUCCGCUCGCAGGUUCAGGACCUCUUCUCCCAAGUCACCGCGCUCAACAACAAGCUCGUCAAGUCGUACGACCGCGUCUCCGACCUCGAGGAUGACCUCCACGUCUCCUCCCAGAACCUCCGCAACUGCACCAUCAAGGUCUCCCAGCUCGAGCUCGAGCGCACCCAGCACCUCUCGGCGCUCAACACCGGCCUGCUCGUCGAGAAGGAGCAGGUGACGGCGGAGCUGACGCGCCUGAUGGAGAAGGCAACGGACGAGGCGGCGAGGCGGGGCCAGGCCGAGAGCGCGCGCAUGGAGAUCGAGAAGGACUUGGACGACCUCUCUGCGGGGCUCUUCGGCCAGGCAAACACGAUGGUCGCCGAGGCGCGCUUCGAGCGCGCACGGAGCGAGCGCAAGGCUGAAGACGCGGAGCGCGCACUGAAGGAGACGGAGGAAGUCAUCGGGCUCAUGCAGCAGCAGAUGCAGGCGCUCCAAGUCGAGAAGGAGGCGUCGGAGCGGCGGCUGGAGGAGAUGGAGGUCACGAUGGGGAAGGGCAAGUGGGUGGAGCGCGCGCCCUCGCCGGCGCCGGCGCAGACGUUGCGCCUGCUGAGCUCGCAUCUGCCGUACCAGGAGUUCCUGUUCUUCGUCGCGCACCUCCGCUCGCUCCGCCUCUCGACGCCACAGGCCCCCGCGAUGUCGACGCUCCUUCCGCUCCCCUUCCUUGCCCGUCUGCUCACCGAAGAUACCGAGCCCACUGUUCGCCUCGACCUCGCGCCCUCACUGAACUGGCUCACUCGUCGCAAUGUUGUCGGCGCCAUCCAUAACGGCCAGCUGUCCAUCGAGCCCACGUCGCCCAGCACCCUCCUAGAUGCCACAUUCGGCCUCGUCUCGUCCGGGCAGAGCUCCGGUUCGACGAUCUGCUGUGCCCUCUGCGGCACUUCCAUCCUGCCCUCCUCACAUGCUGCCCGACCUCCUUCCCGCACGGGUUUCUUUAUGGCACGCUCCAUCAGCGGUCCAAACACGAAUACCAGCUCGUGGUCCACAUCAAAUUUCAAGAACACAAUCGCCCAAUCUGUCUCCAACAUCUCCAACUCCAACUCGCGCUCCGCGCCGCCCUCGCCCCCGCCGCAGGCCUCCACACACGCGCUUCCCUCCCAUGUCUACAUCUUCCGCAUCAGCAACCCUCCCUCUGCGCUCCCCGUGCCCCAACAGGGGCGCAACCCGACGACAGCCUAUCCGCUGUGCACCUCCGGAUGGUGUCUCUCACGACUACGUUCGACGUGCUCUCUCUGGGCGUUCGUCCGCACCAGCGUCGUUGAGAAAGUGUGGGAAGAGGAAGUCCCCGCGUUCCCACCGCCUCCGCGACGGAGUGAUCGCGACAACACCGGGGCCUCGAUGGCCGUGGCGCCAGGACCUGCAGCAGCCGGGGACAACAAGCCGCCUGUGCCUCCGAGGCGGCGAUCGAAGAUGGGCGGGUUGUGGGGCGUUGCGUCCGCGCUGGGCAUGGAUCGGGGGUUGAGCUGGAGCGAGAGCGACAGCAAGGACCCGAGCAAGCCCUCUGGCGACCACGCGGCGAAGGCGCCGCCGAACGAGAAGGGGACGGAGAGACCGAAGGAGAAGCCGCUGCCUCUGCACCCGCCGCCGCCGACGCAUCCGUCGCUCGCGCACCCGACACCGCAGCGCCCGAAAGCGCCAGGGCCGCCGCCGCCGUUGCCGAAGCGCAGCCAGUCGCGCGCGCAGGUCGCGAAGCCCGCAGGGCCGAACGGCGCGUCUCUCGAUGCGACGGCCGACGCUGACGUUCCAGAGCCGCCACACCCGCACACGAACGGUAUCGCAACCGCAUCAGAGCCCGACGCGCAUCCCGUCAACGGACACGUCGAGCACGAGCCGGAGCGCGCCGCCUCCCCCGAACAGUACCCCGAUUCUCCGCGUCCGACAGACACCACCGACGCGCCCUCGCGCGACUCCUUCUCCACGCCGACCGAGGAGCCCAUCUCGCUCCCCACCGCGCUCACGCCGCCACGCUCCCCGUCGCCUGCCGACAUCCCGCUCCCCGAGUCCUCGCCCAACACCCCUGCGCGCGCGGCGUUCGCGCAGAGCGCCGAAGGAUCUGCGCACGAGGGCGAUGCGGAGGCUGCGUCGCGUGCGGCGGAGCCCAGCGGGGGAUGCUGGACGGCCGUCGACGCCGGUCAUUGUUGGGGAUGUGCCGCCGCCACUUCCUCGCCGCGCGCCUGCCAGGAGGGCGGUGCCGCCGCCCCCAACGUCAUUGCAAUCCGCACCUGCGCUCGAGUCUGCAGUUGUGCCUGCGUCCGAUCCUCCAUCAACGACUGCCGAAUCUAUUCCCGUGGCCGAGACUUUACCAAGCGUGAAUGGCGAGCCCAAAGAAGGCGCUCAUGACCCAGCCGCGCCAGAACCAGAAUCAACAGAGGCUCCCGCUGUAUCCUCAGCCGAAGCGAUUGUCUCAGAAACAUCACCGGAGUCACCUGCUGGAUCAGAACCCGAGACGAUCACUGUCCUCGACCCUCUGCCGACCCCGCUCGAGGAUGACAAGGCGCACGCCGAGGCCGUCCCACUCGUGUUGCCGCCCGACGAGGAGCGGACGUGGAAGGAGCUCGUGAGGCUGCGGGAGGAUAUGUUCUUGGCCCGGAUCGGUGCGUUGCGGUGAGGUCGCGGUGCAGGAGGGAAGGAGACGGGUUGUGUUCAUUUAUCGGUGGUGAAGUGAUGCUGUGGCUGAAGAGGCUGAUCUCUCGUGUAGCGAAGUUAAGAAUGUUUCUCGUAAUGGACCUUUGGCGGUAGUGUUGUUUCCAGUUGAUUUAUCUGUCUCUCUCCGCGUUUGCGGUGCACCAUAUACCAUAACGCUACUCAUCGAAUCUCGUACAUAUCAUCUCUUGGACGGCACGUCAGUAGCUAUACGAAUAGUUAGAUAUCCACUUCUAGUAGCUUGGCCAGCGUAAAUGUUGAUAGACCGUAUGCUCC